AUGCACCGCUCCACCUCGUCGUCGACCGCAACCGCAUCGUCGACAUCCGCAUCCGCAUCCGCAUCCGACUCGGACGAGCCCGACACGCGCGCCACCACCCCGGGCCCGGACGACCAAGCCGCCGCCGCCUCGGAGCCGCCCUUCAAGCUCGCCGGCGAGCAGUGGGCGCCCAACAAGGUCGAGCCCGCCCAGGACCACUCCGACUUCCUGUGGCAGAUGAACGAGGAGCCCCACCGCUCGCGCCGCAUGGCCAUCAUGAAGGCUCACCCCGAGGUCACCAAGCUCAUGGGUCACGAGCCCCUCACCAAAUACGUCGUCCUGUUCGUCACCCUCGUCCAGCUCUCGACGGCGUGGUACCUCCGCUCGACCCCCUUCUUCUCGCUCAAGUUCUGGGCCUUGGCCUACCUCGUCGGCGGCACCGCCAACCAGAGCACGUUCCUCGCCGUGCACGAGAUCACCCACAACCUUGCCUUCCGCGGCGUGCGCCAGAACCGCCUCUUUGCCAUCUUUGCCAACCUCCCGAUCGGCGUCCCGUUCGCCAUGAUGUUCAAAAAGUACCACAUCGAGCACCACAAGUUCCUUGGCGUCGACGGCAUCGACACGGACCUGCCCUCGCGCCUCGAGCUCCUCGUCCUCAACUCGGUCCUCGGCAAGGCCUUUUUCGCCUCGUUCCAGAUCUUCUUCUACGCGCUGCGCCCGGGCUUCAUCCGGUACCAGGCGCCGACGCGGUGGGUCGCGCUCAACUGGCUCGUCCAGCUGUCGUUCAACGCGCUCGUCGUCAAGUUUGCCGGGUGGCACUCGAUGCUGUACUUCCUCCUGAGCAGCCACUUGGCCGGCAGCUUGCACCCGUGCGCGGGCCACUUUAUUGCCGAGCACUACCUCUUUGACGGGCACGACCAGGAGACGUGGAGCUACUACGGCCCGCUCAACAUCCUCUGCUACAACGUCGGCCUCCACCAGGAGCACCACGACUUUCCCGCCAUCCCGUGGACCCGCCUGUGGAAGCUCAAGCAGCUCGCGCCAGAGUUCUACGACGUCCUCCCGAGCCACACGAGCUGGCCUGGCGUCACGUGGAGGUUCAUCACCGACUCGAAUGUCGGCAUGUUCUCGCGCGUCAAGCGCACGCAAAAGGGCGGGCGAGGCGACGAGGGCGGUGGCGGGGCGGGCGCGGUCAAGGACGCGGGCGGGCUCAAGGACGAGUAG